CGAGAGUGGCAGUGGUAGUGGUUGGUCGACUGUCGAGCGGGCUGGUCGUGUGUAGGCCUCGCUCCUGCCUCUACCAUCUCUCAUUCCUUGUUCCUAUUGUGUUGUAAACCAUCCAAGGAGAUCUGCGGUAUCACGUUUUAUUUAAUUUUUAAAGCGUUUUGGUGAUUUAAGAUUCAUUGUGGCAUUUUAACCUUAGAUCGUCGGGCACAAUAAACCGCCAAAAUGAUGAAAUAUUUGGCAGCCGCCAAAAUCUUAAAGAAACACAAUGCCCAGGUGGACAACGCAGUGUUCCACUUGCAUUACCGCGUGACCUUCGUGGUGUUCCUGGUGGCGGGCGCCCUGGUCACCGCCAGGGAGUUCAUCGGCGCGCCCAUCCAAUGCAUCUCCAAGAGCGUGCCGGCCAACGUCCUCAACACCUUCUGCUUCAUCAUGUCCACCUUCAGCGUGCCCAGGCACUGGGACCAGCCCCUGGGCGACGGCGUGGCCUACCCCGGCGUGGGCACCCACGACGAGGAGAACGACGAGAUCGUCUACCACGCCUACUACCAGUGGGUGCCGUUCGUCCUCGUCCUGCAGGCCAUCAUGUUCUACAUCCCUCGCUACCUCUGGAAGAAUAUGGAGGGCGGCCUCUUCAACACCAUCCUGGCCGGCCUCGACAAGAUGACCCUUGACGAGAACGCCAGGCACAAGAAGCACAAGAUCUUGGCACAGUACAUGAUCAGGCACCUCCACAUGCACCUGAACUGGGCAAUUAGGUUCUUCCUGUGCGAGGCGCUGUGCCUGGUGGUGGUGGUGGGGAACAUCUACUUCACCGACCUCUUCUUGGACGGCACCUUCAUGAAGUACGGCACCGAGGUCAUCAACUUCCCCGACAUGGACCCGGAGAACCGAGUCGACCCCAUGACCCGCAUCUUCCCUCGUGUCACCAAGUGCACCUUUAGGAAGUUCGGGUCGUCUGGGACGAUUGAGACCCACGACACCAUGUGCGUCUUAGCAGUGAACAUCAUCAACGAGAAGAUCUACAUCUUCAUUUGGUUCUGGCUCGUCUGCCUCACCGCCAUCACCGCCCUCUGGCUCCUCUACCGCCUCCUCGUCAUCGCCUCCUCUGACGUCCGCUUCAAACUCCUCCAGGUUCGCGGACGGUGGGCUGGGAGACCAAAUCUUGACCUCAUUGCCAAGAAGUGUAACCUGGGUGACUGGUUCCUUAUUUAUCAUCUUGGCCGAAAUAUGGAGCCUAUGGUUUAUGGAGAAUUUCUGAAGGAGUUUGCCAAGGAAUUGGAAAACUCUGUUUCUACAUUGGAACGAAAACCGAUGUUAGUUGGAAGUUAAUGACGAAAAACUGGCUGUAUGUAUGUAUGUGGAUUGUAAUGUUUUUCAUCAUAGUUGGAUAGCAGUUCAAAGCAGCAUCAUAAUAUUUGGUCUCGUUGCUAUGUUGGGAUUUGAUAACUGUUCUUACAUCACGGAAGAUAGUGAUGCAAAGCUUUCAUAGAUGGAAAACUGGUGUAUGCAGACUGUUUUUGUGACAAUUGAUUUAAAUCCUCGUAAGUUUGAUUUGUAAUGUAAGAAUUGAAUUUUAGAGUAAAUGUACACGGCUAUAGCUUGCGUCCUGGGAUGCCGCCUUCACGAAGGUCAAGUUAUCUUGGAAACUACCUGCAAAAGUGAGUAGUUCAGGACAGCUAAACUGUGUUAAUCUUGACUGGGGAAGAACUGUUUUUUCUUUCAAGACUACCCGCAGCCCUCGGGAAUUAUCGUGUAUCAGUAUUUAUUUCUUUAUUAUAUAAAUAAUAUUUUCUGACGGGGUAAGGAAGGGGGUAAUUCACCUAGUGUUGGUGUGAAGGAGUGAGUUGUAAUGAGUGUUGAGAGGUAAAUGAUCAGUGAGAGUUAUCAAAGGUGAGGCUUAUUGGGCUUAUAAUACAAGAUUGUUUUAGGUACAAUAAUUUUGUAUCGAGACACAUUAUUGCAUCUCAUGGUGGAUAUUUUUCAUUAAGGAAACUUGGUUAUUUAUAGAAUUUUACUCAAAACACUCAGUUCUGCUAAUUAGUGUUUUUUUGACUCUGUAAUGGCAAAUAUCUUGACAAGGACCGUGUGUGUGUGUGUGUGUGUGUAGGAUAGGUAGUAAUCUUAGUUUCAAAAAAGUGCCACACACUCCUCCAUAUAUAUAUAUAAUAUAUUACAGUAGUACACUGUAUACUGUGCAGUUAUUUAUAUAUACUGUACAGUAUAUAUAAAUAAAUGUUGCUCUCUAUUUUGCUAUUUGUAGUAGAGCGUAGGAUUGUGCCAUGACUAAUUACAGUUAUGAAUUAGAAUGACCUGAACUCUUUAUUAUUUGUGUACUGAACUGCACGCACUGGUAUGCAUCUUGUAGCUGAUCCACUUAAAAUUGUUUGUUGUAAAAGCCAAGUAUAUUUAAGUUAUGGUUAAGUUAUAUUCUUUAAGCAUUUUGAAAGACAAAGAUUUCUCUGAUAGACCAGUUAUGAAUUUUGUCAUUGACUCUUACUUGACUGACACAUUUACAGUCAAGAUAAAACGUAUUAACCCUUUCCUCCUAUCUAGCAGGUGUAAGUUGAGCAUGUUGGUUUGUACAAUUAUUGAGAAAUACUAUUUACCUUGCUCAAACAUUUUAUUAUAGUGGUAUAAUCCUAAGUCUUUCAAUACCUUUUGUACAAGGCCAAUAAUUAGAUUUUAGAUACACAAAUACCAAGGUUCCAGAUUGUCACUUUCUUCCUGACGAUUAUGAAGAAUUAGUGGUACUGUGUAAUAGUGCCACCCACUCUUGUAGGCUGGACCAAUACUAGUGCCACCCACUCUUGUAGGCUGGACCAAUACUAGUGCCACCCACUCGUGUAGGCUGGACCAAUACUAGUGCCACCCACUCUUGUAGGCUGGACCAAUACUAGUGCCACCCACUCUUGUAGGCUGGACCAAUACUAGUGCCACCUACUCUUGUAGGCUGGACCAAUACUAGUGCCACCCACUCUUGUAGGCUGGACCAAUACUAGUGCCACCCACUCUUGUAGGCUGGACCAAUACUAGUGCCACCCACUCUUGUAGGCUGGACCAAUACUAGUGCCACCCACUCUUGUAGGCUGGACCAAUACUAGUGCCUUAUUGUUAUACACGAGACUGCUGGAAACUGUGAUCUUUAAGCAUUUAUAUACAGUAUGUUAAGUCGAUAGCAUUGCGGACUGUCCUGAUAACCUAAAUGUUUCUCAACCAUGUGAAAUCUUAAUUUAAUUUUUUAUCUGAAUUUUUGUUACUAAUAUUGUAAAAGUCUUGCAUUUCUAAAUGUUGUUUGUAUACCUUAGUGUAAUGGGAUAAAUGGGGAUCACUUAAUGAUCAUAAUUGCAUUAGCAAUUAUAUACAAAAUAUGACAUUUUGUAUUAUGCAUUACUUAAUGUAACCAAUACCUUUAAUUACAGUCUAUAAAAAAUUUGGGUAAGUAUUUUCAUGAAGUGAGAUAAGAAUUUUAAAUUGGGGUAUCUUUUCUUAAUUUGAAUUUUAUCAAAGUUGUUAUAUAAGUGACUUUGGCAAUUGUAAUCAUGUCUUAUAAUUUCUGGUAGCUAAUCAUUAGAUUUUAAUAUGUUACAAAGAAUGGAAGUAUAUUACUGCACUCCAUCUUGAAGUGCAGUUAUUUACUCAAAUUUAUGCUUGUAAUUUGCUGUUUCUAUCACUGUUUAAAUUUACACAACUUGGUGCAUGUGAAGUGUUUAUUUCAGUGUUUGAAAGUUAGAUCUACUGUUUGGCUGCCUUGCAUGGUGUGUAUCUUACUGGGGUUUCCAAUGUGAAACUAAUUAUUGACAUGUAAUUAAAUUUGUUUACCUCCUUCAUUACAAAGUUUAAGCUUUUAAAAUGCUUGUUCAUUAAUUUGUGAUAUCUUUUUUGUAUACCAUAUUAUAUGUAACUGAACAAAUCCAUCUUUCUCUUAUAAACAUAAAUAUUAGAAUUGAGAGUAGCAUGAAAGAAUGUGAGAAUGUAUAAUCACAAGAUCCUACGUGUACAGCCUUAAUAGUUUCACAAUGUGGGAAUAAUUAUUUAGUUCACUGGGUUAACUUGUGCAGCUUCAGAGGUAUUUUACAAUGGUAUUAAUUAAGAAAGGCAAUUACAGUAUUUGUCAUCAACCUGAUUUGCUACAGUUGAAGGUCGGUGAAAUGCUUAAGCUCUAUAAGCUGGUAAUCUGGUUGGAAUCUUACAUAGACACGUGAUCAUUUGUAGAUAUUUUGAGGUUUAAACAUUCCUUUUCACGGAAUGGGUGCCAAAUAAAUUGUAAAGGAAUGGUAUCUACACAAGUAAAAUGUAAAUGAUUGAUAUGUAAUUUUGCUAUUACCCACUCAUGAUAAUGUAAUGUAUUGAAGAAAAUAAAGUUUGAUAACA